UCGACACAAGCUUCGAAGCCUCAGCAUGUGGAGCAGGAAUGCUUUGGCGCGUGCGCACUCCAGUGUUAUGAAAUUGAAGGGUGACAACAUGUCUGCGUCCGUGGUGCGCGCGACUGUCCGAGCGGUCAGCAAGAGAAAAAUACUGCCAACAAGAGCAGCGCUGACGCUGACUCCAGCAGCUGUGAACAGAAUAAUGUUGUUGCAGGACAAACCUGAAUAUAUUGGUUUGAAAGUGGGUGUCAGAACACGUGGCUGCAAUGGACUGACUUACACACUGAACUACACAAUGGAGAAAGACAAGUCUGAUGAGGAGGUGCUGCAGGAUGGAGUGAGAGUUUUCAUAGAGAAAAAGGCUCAGCUGACUCUUCUAGGCACUGAGAUGGACUUUGUGGAGUCAAAGCUGUCCAGUGAAUUUGUCUUCAACAACCCCAACAUCAAAGGCACUGUGGCUGUGGAGAGCUUCAACGUGUGA